AUGGCGCAGAGCAAAGAUCUCCCCCGCAUCCGGGCGUGUCUGUUUGACAUGGACGGAUUGCUCAUCGAUUCCGAAGACAAGUACACUAUGAUCACAAAUGAGGUGCUGGAGAUGUACGGCAAGCCCAAGCUUCCUUGGUCUAUCAAGGCGCAGCUACAGGGACGCCCGCAACCAGAGGCAAGCAAGAUCUUCCACGACUGGGCAAAGCUCCCAAUUACCCCCGAGGAGACGGCCGUGAAGCAACUUUCUCUGCAGCAGAAGUACUUCCCGCAGUGCUCACCCCUGCCAGGAGUCCCGACUUUGCUGGACAACCUCGUAUCAACACAAUCCACCAACCAGCCCGUCCACAUCGCUCUGGCAACCUCAUCGCAUAGCAAGAACUUCGAGCUCAAGUCGGGCCAUCUGAAAGAGCUCUUCAAGGCGUUCUCUGAGCCCCACCGUGUUCUGGGUGAUGAUCCUCGCAUUGGAAAGGGCAGAGGCAAGCCCUUGCCUGAUAUCUAUCUUCUCGCCCUGGAGACCAUCAACGAGGACCUCCGCAACAAGGGUGAGGCCGAGAUCAAGCCCGAGGAGUGUCUUGUCUUCGAGGAUGCCGUCCCCGGUGUCGAGGCGGGUCGCCGUGCUGGCAUGCAAGUUGUCUGGGUUCCUCAUCCCGGUCUUCUGGAGGCAUACAAGGGCCGUGAAGGAGAGGUGCUGGCAGGCCGCACAGGAGCGCACAAAGAGGAGGAAAAGACAGCAGCGGAGAAGGAAGCCGAGGAGCUGCAAUCUUCGCGGGUUCAGGGUGCCGGGCAGCCGGGUGAAAUUGGUGAUGGAUUUGGUCAAAUCUUGUCCACUUUGGAGGAUUUCCCAUAUGCGCGAUAUGGUAUUCAGCUGCCAUGA